AUGUCCCUACGUGAAACCAACCUGGAUGGAAUUCUGCCUCUGGUGGCCAGAGGUAAGGUAAGAGAUAUCUACGAGGUGGACGCUAAAACGCUGCUCUUCGUGGCCACCGACCGUAUUUCCGCGUACGAUGUUAUCAUGGAGAAUACGGUGCCGGAAAAGGGAGUUCUGCUCACCAAGCUUUCGGAUUUUUGGUUCGAGUUCCUCGACGCGGACGUGCGUAACCACUUGGUGAAAAUCCCGCAAGGCAAAACCGCUUUCGACCUGCUACCUUCUCAGCUGUCAGAACCCAAGUAUAAAGCGCAGCUUGCAGGCAGGUGUCUGCUGAUCAACAAAUUCAAGCUGAUUCCACUGGAGGUGAUUGUACGUGGGUUCAUCACCGGGUCUGCCUGGAAGGAAUACAAAAAGUUUGGCACCGUUCAUGGCCAGACGGCCCCAGAGGGCUUGCAAGAAUGUCAAGAGUUUCCCACUCCUAUUUUCACACCUUCCACCAAGGCUGAGCAAGGCGAACACGACGAAAACAUAUCGAAGGAACAGGCUGCGGCUCUCGUCGGACAGGAACUUUGCGACAGAGUGGCCGAGCUCGCUAUCAAGCUAUACGGCAAGGCCAAGGACUACGCCAAGACUAAGGGAAUUAUCAUUGCAGACACAAAAUUCGAGUUCGGAAUCGACGAGUCAACUGACGAAAUCAUUUUGGUGGAUGAGGUUCUCACCCCGGAUUCAUCUCGUUUCUGGAACGGACAAAACUUCAAAUUGGGCCAAUCCCAGGACUCCUAUGAUAAGCAGUUUUUACGCAAUUGGUUGACUAGCAACAAAUUGGACGGUGUCGAUGGCGUCAAAAUGCCUGAUGACAUUGUCGCGCGCACUAGGUCCAAAUAUGUAGAGGCCUAUGAAACGUUGACGGGGAACAAAUUUUAG